AUGACAUCCGAUUAUGAGACAGAUAGAUUCGAAGGGGAGGUACCGGUUGAAUACCGAUGCUAUUUUAUGGAUAUAGCUACCAUUCCUCCUCCUAAAAUUCACCCAACCAGCGUCUUGAGUCCAAGCGCUGUCUUCAUUUCCUACAUAUGGAAAGUGUUCACCCAUACCUUCUUUACUUUAUCAACCAAUUUGUUGAUGCCAUUUAAUCAACCAUUAAAUUUCUUAGCUAUAGUCGUGCUCUAUCCACUUUCCAUUGUGCUUAUUCUGCCGAUUGACAUUCUGUUGAGAAUUGUUAAUUUUUUUAAAAUCGGAGAAAACAUUAAAUUUUAUGACGAUGAUACAUGGCAGCAAAUUACCAGACCAGGUUUAAGUCUACAAAACAUCAGAAAGCGGGGUAUAAGAUCACUAAGCGAACCUCCUCCCACCCUGGAAGAUCUUGAAUUGAAUCAAUCAUCAACAUACAGUCCGAUAUUUAACCUCGAUAUGGCCGAAACCCUUUUGUUUCUAUCAGCAAUAACUUAUCACAGAGAUCCGGACCCACUUUACAAGGCCUACGAAAUUAUCCAGGAACAAGGAUUUGACUAUGAGAAAGUGGACCUUAAGGAGAUCCAAAGUCUUGUCGAUAAGUCUGUUGAAAAGAUCAGUGAUUAUGCAAAUGAAUGGGAUUUAAAUUUUCAACCCCUCUCAGAACUCGGUUCUCUUUGUAAUCAUUUUUCCGGGAUGUUUUGGCCGAAAGACCAGAGGCAUAACUUUAUCGUCGUAGUAUUUAAAGGUACUACACUGACAAAUUUUACCGAGUGGUUGUCGGAUUUCCUAUUUACUCGCGUUGAUGCCCGCGACUUCCUUUUCGGAGAGCUUCACAGUGGAUUUUAUAGUGCUUUAUUUCCUGAUGAUAAUUAUACCACCUCCCGAGUAUAUGGAUCUUAUCCUUCUCGUAGGAUGGUUGAGGCCAUACGUGGUAAGGCCGAUGAAAUUGCCGCGUUCAACCGUAAAAAUGCAGGCGACGAAGAUUUUAAACCGGUAAAUGUUUGGGUUACUGGUCAUUCGCUUGGUGCCGCUUUGGCUCAAGUUUUCUACGCAAGACUAGUAAAGACGGACGACAGCCUUGGACCCAAUGCAGUCUUGAGAGAUGCAUUCGCGUUCGCAGCUCCAUCAGUAGGGGAUAAUGAUUUCUUUGUAGGAUUUAAUGGGACUCUUAACGAACGUAUUUAUGAAACUCGAACGCUCUGGCGGGUGAUCGACGACAAUGAUAUAGUUCCGACGUUGCCCUGGAGGCAUCCUUACCCUGGCAUCCGACAAUAUCUCAAAAAAAAUGACGUUUUGAAUUAUUUUCACAUUGGCGAUUCGGUAAAGUUUUUUCAAUACGAUAGAAAACCAGAGAGUAAAAGAGAUAUCUUGGGGAAUGUUAAAGACGUUUCCAGUAUCCGUAAGAAAAUAUCAUGGAAGGAUCUGAAACAUAGGCAACAUAGGCUACGCCUUAGAAGCUGUAUGCCGAGGUCAUCCAAGCUUCGUGAGUACGUUGGAUUCUGGAUUCCGAGGGGAGGGAAAAAUGAUUACAACAUAAAAAUGUAUGGUCCACUAGAGUCUUUGUUGCCUAACUUUUUUAGAAAUCAUAUACCCUAUCGUUAUUUUUCAGCAAUGGAGAGGGCUAGACAUUACUUUGAAAAUUAUGAUAAAAAUACGGAAGAUAUGUAA